UUAUGUGCCAAUGCGAUGAUUUUCCUGUGCACCAACAUCAUUGGCAUCUGCACACACUACCCAGCAGAGGUGUCUCAGAGACAGGCCUUCAAGGAGACCAGAGGAUACAUCCAAGCCAGAAUACACCUUCAGAGAGAGAACCAGCAGCAGGAGCGCCUGCUGCUCUCUGUGUUGCCAAGGCACGUUGCCAUGGAGAUGAAGGCAGACAUCAACGCCAAGAAAGAGGAUAUGAUGUUCCACAAGAUCUACAUCCAGAAGCACGACAAUGUCAGUAUCCUAUUUGCAGACAUCGAGGGCUUCACCAGUUUGGCGUCUCAGUGCACGGCUCAGGAGCUUGUGAUGACCCUUAAUGAGCUUUUUGCUCGCUUUGAUAAAUUGGCUUGGGAAAACCACUGUCUGCGUAUCAAGAUCCUGGGGGACUGUUAUUACUGUGUGUCUGGACUUCCGGAGCCAAGGGCAGAUCACGCGCACUGCUGUGUGGAGAUGGGAGUGGACAUGAUUGAGGCCAUCUCAUUGGUGCGAGAGGUCACAGGAGUGAACGUGAACAUGCGCGUGGGAAUACAUAGCGGCCGUGUGCACUGCGGGGUGCUCGGCCUACGCAAAUGGCAGUUUGAUGUCUGGUCCAACGAUGUCACACUGGCCAACCAGAUGGAGGCGGGAGGUCAAGCAGGGCGGAUCCACAUCACCAAAGCCACACUGCAGUAUUUAAAUGGUGACUAUGAAGUGGAACCAGGUUUUGGAGGGGAGAGAAAUGCUUACUUGAAAGACAACAACAUCGAGACGUUUUUUGUGCUGGGCUGCAGUCAGAAAAGGAAAGAGGAAAAAGCAAUGAUGGCUAAGAUGCAGCGUGCUAGAGCCAACUCUUCAGAGGGUCUGAUGCCGCGGUGGGUUCCUGACCAAUCUUUCUCCAGGACUAAAGAUUCCAAAGUUUUCAGACAGAUGGGCAUAGAUGAAGCCUCCAUCAAAGAUAACCGCUGUGCCCAAGAGGCUCUGAACCCAGAGGACGAGGUCGAUGAGUUUUUAGGUCGUGCCAUUGAUGCUCGUAGCAUUGACCAGCUGAGGAAAGACCACGUCAAGAAGUUCCUGCUCACAUUCCAAACACAUUUUCUGGAGAAAAAGUAUUCAAAAAAGGUGGAUGAUCGUUUUGGUGGUUACGUGGCCUGUACACUCGUCGUCUUCUGCUUUAUUGUUUUUAUACAAAUAAUCAUAUUUCCACAUACACCGUUAAUGCUGGGCAUGUUCAUCAGCAUCUUUAUUAUUCUCGCCCAUGUCCUCUUUAUAUGUGCCAUUUACUCCUGUGUUAAGCUUUUCCCAGUUACCUUGCAGACAGUGUCAAAAAGGAUUGUUCAGUCCCGUGUCAACAGCACACUCGUUGGAGUCUUUACAAUUCUGCUUCUUUUCACCUCUGCCUUCGUUAAUAUGUUUACCUGUGACCGGGAGGAUCUGCUAAAAUGUGUGGCGGGACAGUUGAAUAUUUCUGAUUCAGUCACGCUGUGUCUGCUGUAUAAUCUGACUGGACAAGCAGAGGAACCCCUCUUCUUCUGUCCCGGGCAGCCUUCAACAUGUCUUUUACCCGAGUAUUUCACAUACAGUGUGCUGCUGACUCUGCUGUGCUGCUCAGUGUUCCUGCACAUCAGCAGUAUAGGCAAGCUGGUCCUCAUGCUCUUCAUCCAGGUCUGCUUCCUGCUGCUAGUGGAGUGGCCUCUAGUCACGCUGCUAGACAACGCCGACCUGCUGGUUACCGCCAAUGCAAUUACUUACAUGGCAGCAUCUGGAUUGAACGACUCGACGUAUGACAAAGAGGGCCGCACACACAUUCUAGCUCUUGCUGACUAUGCCAUGAGGCUACGAGAACAGAUGAAGUACAUCAACGAACACUCAUUCAACAACUUUCAGAUGAAGAUAGGUUUGAACAUUGGGCCAGUGGUUACUAGUGUGAUUGGAGCCAGAAAGCCUCAGUAUGACAUAUGGGGCAACACAGUGAAUGUGGCCAGUCGCAUGGACAGCACAGGUGUUCCUGAUCAUAUCCAGAUAUGUUUAACAUGUAUUUCUGAAGAGAAAUAUAAGCAGUUGGAGAAGAUCAAAACUAUUGGUAGUACUUACAUGGCAGCAUCUGGAUUGAACGACUCGACGUAUGACAAAGAGGGCCGCACACACAUUCUAGCUCUUGCUGACUAUGCCAUGAGGCUACGAGAACAGAUGAAGUACAUCAACGAACACUCAUUCAACAACUUUCAGAUGAAGAUAGGUUUGAACAUUGGGCCAGUGGUUACUAGUGUGAUUGGAGCCAGAAAGCCUCAGUAUGACAUAUGGGGCAACACAGUGAAUGUGGCCAGUCGCAUGGACAGCACAGGUGUUCCUGAUCAUAUCCAGGUGACCACUGACUUAUACCAUGUACUAGAAAGGAAGGGCUACCAGCUGGAGUGCCGUGGACUGGUGAAAGUGAAGGGGAAAGGAGAUAUGACCACUUAUUUCCUCAACAGUGGUCCUGUCUGCAGUUAACACUGACCAAAUGCCUCUCAAUGCACUGAAAUGAAGGAAGGACAACAAAAGGCUCUGAACGGGAUUUGAGCAGAUCCAAAUAUAACCACUCACAAGUUUUCUAGCUCACAAGCAUUAGUUGGGCAUGUGUGGUAUUUAUAUAUGCACCUAUUGGGAAUAAUGAGGUACGCUCUACCUGAAAGAUUUAAUGAAGAACUGUUGCCUUAGAGAAGACAUUGAAGAAAGUUUGGUUUUCUUUUUUAUUUUGUGGGAAAGACUUCUUCCAUACCAAAAUUUUAAUUCUUUAUUUAUUUUGACAGGUUUUAAACCAUGUAAAUAAAAAAUGAUUAUAUAUGCAAGCAUCAAGAAGCAAGAAGAAACUGACCAAAGAACAAAUGAUUUGAUAUAGGAACACUACACACGCCAUGUAAACUGUUUGCAAUGUCCAAACAAGUGUUAUUCUUUUGUCUGGCUUUCCUUUUUUGGCCUCAUGCCACUCUCUACCACAUCGUAUUCUAUUAUAAACACUAAAGCAAAAAACAUCUGUCUUCAUUGAAGGCCUUAGAAACAGGAAUCCUAAUACAAGUGACUUGUAUUUACAGUUCGUAUGAUUUAUGAGUGAUCAACAUGUUUUUCCCUUUUAGUAUUUGUGUACAAAAGAGGUAAAUGAAGGACGAGAAUGGCAUUGGACAAAUUUUCCUUGGUCAUUUGUUCAUUUAUGUGUGUGGACGGUGUGUAAAUGUGUGUCUGUUAUCUUUAAAAGGACAUAAUAGCUCACUGUGAGGUUUAUAAAAUGAAUUUAAAAUAGCCAUUUUGCCGGAUUAAGUGCUAAUUAGAUUAAAUUCUUUGCAUUUAUGUGUUCAAUUGAUAACUGAUGUAAUUUCCCUUUCAUUUGAGUUCAUAAAUGUGUUACACAAAUUUCAAGUCUUAAUUCAUUCCUGUAUAAAUCAAUGAAAAAAAUGAACAUAAAUAUGACCAAGACCUCAUAUAAUUCCAGCACAGUAUGGUCAGCAACGGUAUAGUCUUCUUAAGACCCUUGUAAAUAUGUGUAAAUGUGCUGAGAGGCCUGUUGGGCUUAGUGGUUGCUGACAAAUGUGGCUGGACUGCAAAGUUGUUUGUCUGACAGUGUUCAGCAUUAGUCAAUUUCAGCAUUUCCUCAUGAACGCUCUUAGUCAUUCUUGCACAUUUGUCAACAUUAUUUAAAAAUUAUGCAAUUACCAGUCAAACGCAUAGGUUAGCACUGCUGCAGAGUAUUUUUGCCAUAUUUCUGAAUUUUCCAUUCCUACUGUAUAGAUGCAUCUUGAUGAUUGUGUUGCAAGAAACAUCCUUCUCCGUCCUUAACAUGAAUUUCCCAAUAUGAAUGUACAUGUAUGUUUAACAUUCUCACUUUGUCAUAGACAUCAAAUCACACACGGUUUUUAGUUUAAAUAUGUUUGUGGUACAUGGACCUUUCAGGACCCUUUUCAUUAAAAGGUGGCAAAUCAAUAAAUUGGGUGUUUUUGUAAGAAUGAUGUCUCAAUACCAUAUC